AUGUCCAACCAAGGCUACUACGGCGGCCCUCCGCCUCCCCAGCAGGCCUACUACCCUCAGCAGGGCUACCCUCAGGGCCCACCACCCCAGAUGCAAUACCCGCAGCAACCUCCUCAGACCGUUAUCGUGAAGGAGAAGAAGGACCGUGGCUGCCUGGGUACCUGCUUGGCAGUUCUUUGCUGUUGUUUCGUCUGUGAGGAGGGCUGCGAGUGCUGCGCGGAAUGUUGCGAGUGUGCCGAGGACUGCUGUUAA